AUGGCUCUCAACUCCAGGGAGAAGGAGAGCGGCAAUGAGUCGCCUGUGUCCUAUGACGCUGAGCGCACCAAUACCGUUGGCGAUGGUGUUGUCACAGACGACGUCCAGCUGGUUUGUCCGUCCUCUACAACUGAUAGCAAGCUCAUGGCCAGGAUUGAUUUCCAUGUCAUUCCUUUCCUAUGUAUCAUGUACUUGCUUGCCUUCCUAGACCGUGUCAAUAUCGCCAACGCCGAUGUUUUUGGUCUCUCCGAAGAGCUUGGUCUUGAAAAGACAGAAUACAACACCGCUCUCGUCGUCUUCUUCGUCCCAUACAUCCUCUUCGAGAUCCCCUCCAACAUUCUUCUUAAGCGCUUCAAACCCCAUGUCUGGCUCAGUCUGAACAUGUUUCUCUUUGGUCUUACCACCCUUCUUCAAGGUUUUGUCCAGAACUACAGCGGCUUGAUCGCCACACGUUUCUUCUUGGGUCUUUUUGAGACGGGCAUGUUCCCUGGUGCUUUUUAUUUGAUUGGCAUGUGGUACCGUCGCCGAGAAGCACAGCGUCGUUACAGCUUCUUCUUCAACAGCACGACUCUUGCCGGCGCAUUCGGUGGUCUUCUUGCCGCAGCUAUUGGAAAGAUGAGCGGUGUUCGCGGUUAUGCCGGUUGGCGUUGGAUCUUCAUUCUCGAGGGCGGUCUCACUGUCCUCGUGAGCUUCUUCUUCUUCUUCCUGCUGCCCAACUUUCCUGAGCAGGCCGAAUGGCUCACUCCCGAAGAGAAGAACUAUGUCACUGCCAGACUACGCGCCGAUCAGGGCCACGCCGGCGCCGAGCGCAAGACGACUUUCUCCGAUGCUCUCAACGUGCUCAAGGACUACAAGAUCAUCAUCGGCGGUUUCAUGUACUUCGGUCUCAUUGUGCCUGCUUAUGGAUAUGCCUACUUCGCGCCUGGUAUUAUCAAGACCUACGGAUACAGCCCUAUUCAGACACAGCUUUACAGUGUUCCUCCAUGGGCUGCUGCUUUCGCAUUUUCGCUCUGUGUGGCCUUUGCUUCAGACAAGUUGCGCCACAGAGCAUGCUUCGCCAUCUUUGCCAUUCUCGUCGCCAUUGCAGGAUUCGCCACUCUUCUUUCUGUCCACGACAACCACAAGGUUCAGUAUGGCGCUUUGUUCCUCGUCACUAUGGGUGCUUACACCGCCAUGCCCAUCAUUGUGUGUUGGUUCAACAUGAACCUUGGAGGUCACAGGAGAAGAAGUAUCGGCAGCGCAUGGCAAGUUGGUUUCGGAAACAUUGGUGGUAUCAUCGCCGUGUACUCUUUCUUGGCAAAGGAUGCUCCCAAGUUCGUUCGAGGCUAUUCCAUCUGCAUUGCAUUUACGAUUCUCUCCAUCAUCGCUUGUAUUACAUACGGUGCUGUCUGUCUGUAUGAGAACAGAAAGAGGGCCGCAAACCCACCGGAGAGGGAGCUUACUGAUGAUGAGAAGGCUGAGUUGGGCGAUAAUGCGCCUACCUACAGAUAUCUGUUGUAA